GGAAGAGAAAGGACAGCUGGAAGAGAUGUCACUCAUAUUCAGUUCACAAGCUGGCCAGACCAUGGAGUCCCUGAGGAUCCACAUCUCCUUCUCAAACUCCGACGCAGAGUUAAUGCUCUCAGCAACUUUUUUAGUGGCCCAAUAGUGGUUCAUUGCAGUGCUGGUGUUGGGCGCACCGGGACAUAUAUAGGAAUUGAUGCCAUGCUGGAGGGGCUGGAUGCGGAAGGCAGAGUGGAUGUUUAUGGCUAUGUUGUGAAGCUGCGUCGGCAGCGGUGCCUCAUGGUUCAAGUAGAGUCACAGUACAUCCUUAUCCAUCAAGCGCUAGUGGAAUACAAUCAGUAUGGAGAAACAGAGGUCAGUCUCUCAGAACUGCAUUCCUAUCUUAACAAUCUGAAAAGAAAAGAUCCUCCGAGUGAUCCUUCUCUGCUGGAGGCAGAGUUUCAGAGAUUACCUUCCUAUAAGGGGUGGCGGACACAGAACACUGGGAAUCGUGAGGAAAAUAAAAGCAAAAAUAGGAAUGCCAACAUAAUUCCAUAUGACUUUAACCGAGUGCCGAUCAGGCAUGAAGAUGAGUGCAGUAAGGAGAGUGAACAUGAUUCAGAUGAUUCUUCAGAUGAGGACAGCGACUGUGAGGAAUCAAGCAAAUACAUCAAUGCUUCCUUCAUAACUGGUUACUGGGGUCCGAAAGCCAUGAUUGCAACACAGGGACCACUGCAGGAAACUGUCUCUGACUUCUGGCACAUGGUCUUCCAAAGAAAAGUCAAAGUCAUUGUUAUGCUGACAGAGCUGAAAGAAGGAGAUCAGGAACUCUGUGCACAGUACUGGGGAGAAGGAAAACAAACAUAUGAUGGCAUAGAAGUUCAAAUGACAGAUGCCAACUGUAGUCCUAGCUAUACCAUACGUGCAUUUGAUGUUACACAUCUGAAGACAAAAGAAACACAGAAGGUGUAUCAGUAUCAGUAUCACAAGUGGAGUGACUUGGAUGUUCCGGAAAACCCCAAAGAUUUAGUCAGCAUGAUUUUCAACCUUAAACAAAAAGUCCCAUCCAGGCCAGUCACUGAGGACAACAGGAGUACUCGUGGUGUCCCGCUUGUCAUCCACUGCCGUGAUGGAUCACAGCAAACUGGUGUAUUUUGUGCUUUAAUGACCCUCUUGGAAAGUGCAGAAACAGAAGAAGUAAUAGAUGUUUUCCAAGUAGUAAAAGCUCUUCGUCGCACCAGGCUGGGAGUGGUCUCCACCUUUGAACAUUACCAAUUUCUGUACGACACCAUUGCCAGUACCUACCCUGCACAGAAUGGACAAAUAAAGAAGAACAGCCAGCAGGAAGAUAAAGUUGAAUUUUGCAGUGAAGUAGAAAAAACAGAUCAGGCAACUGAUUUGAUCACUAUCGAUCUUACACCACCAACGCCAGAGGAAAAUGAGCCUUCUGAAGUAUGUGAUGAUUCUAAGGCUGUUGACAGCACUAAGGGAACAGAGAGCUCUACAAAUGGCCCCACAACUCCAGUUCUAACUUAGAGGCUAUACUAAAAAAAAAGUGCUUUUUCAUGUGCAAAAAAUCUUAAACAGAAUAAGAAGUGUAAAAUUUCUUUCUCUUCCCACCUUUUUUUGGAAAACGUUUACUGUUAUAUCAGUUUUACAAAGGUACAAAUUUAAAGGAAUACUUGAAACUUGUAGAGUGACAAAGAACUGUGAAAGUUUAAUUUUUGUGUAGAUUUGCAUUUAAUACUUCUUCAGAAACCUUUUUACUGUUUUCUACUUUUUCUUUUUAAAAUAUGU